CGGCUCAGUGGAGCGGCGGAGGCAGCGCCGGUAGCGGACGCAGGAGCAACAAUGGAUUGGCCCCAACAAAGAUGUAGCAGGUGUUGGGAGAAGACAUCCCAUCUCAAAUGGAGGUGAUCCAGGGAGCUGAACACUGACUGCACGAACAUGGGGUUACGACUGUUAGCUUGUCUUUUUCAUUUGCCCACUGCAGUGAUCUACGGGUCCCUGUCGCUGUUUGUUUCCAUUUUGCACAAUGUAUUCCUCCUGUACUACGUGGACACCUUUGUCUCUGUUUACAAGAUUGAUAAGCUGUCCUUUUGGAUAGGAGAGACAGUGUUUCUGAUCUGGAACAGCCUCAAUGACCCUCUGUUUGGCUGGCUGAGUGACCGGGUGUUCCUCAGCACACAGCAACCAGGAGCAGAGAUUUCUUCCCCAGAAGUCGUUCUGAAGAGGCUCAGAGCACUAAGCCACAAUGGCCCCCUCUUUGCCAUCUCUUUCCUGGCUUUCUGGGUUGCCUGGGCUCAUCCUGGUUUGCAGUUCCUUCUUUGCCUUUGCAUGUACGACAGCUUUCUCACCAUGGUCGAUCUCCAUCACAAUGCCUUGCUUGCAGACCUGGCUGUUUCGGCAAAAGACAGGACAAGCCUCAACUUCUACUGCUCCCUCUUCAGUGCCAUAGGCUCCCUCUCUGUCUUCAUGUCCUAUGCAGUAUGGAACAAAGAGGACUUCUUUUCCUUUCGCAUAUUUUGUGUCAUGCUAGCCCUCUGUUCCAUCGUUGGUUUUACCCUGUCCACACAGCUGCUCCGCCAGCGGUUUGAGGCUGAUGGAAAAGCAAAAUGGGACGAGGAAUCAACCCUGAAAGAGCUGUACAUUGAGAAACUCUCCACCCCCCAGGAGAAGAGGAUCACCCUGGCAGAGUAUCUCCAGCAGCUUUCCCGGCAUCGCAACUUCCUCUGGUUUGUCUGCAUGAAUCUUGUUCAGGUUUUUCACUGCCACUUUAAUAGCAACUUCUUCCCUCUGUUCCUGGAGCACCUGCUGUCAGACCAGAUCUCUGUCUCUACUGGAUCCUUCCUGCUUGGUGUUUCUUACAUUGCCCCCCAUCUCAACAACCUCUACUUCCUCUCCCUCUGCCGCCGCUGUGGGGUUUAUGCUGUGGUGCGAGGACUCUUCUUCCUGAAGCUGACUCUCAGUGUUGUCAUGCUCCUGGCAGGACCUGAUCAGGUGUAUCUGCUCUGCAUCUUCAUUGCCAGCAACCGGGUGUUCACAGAAGGGACCUGUAAGUUGCUCAACCUUGUGGUCACUGACUUGGUGGAUGAGGAUUUAGUCCUGAACCGUAGGAAGCAGGCAGCCUCAGCACUGCUCUUUGGGAUGGUGGCUCUGGUCACCAAGCCAGGCCAGACCUUCGCUCCUCUGAUCGGCACCUGGCUGCUCUGUGCAUACACAGGUUAUGACAUCUUCCAGCGCAACCCCUUGAGCAAUGUGGUGAGUGCCCAGCCAAAGCUGGAAUCUGCUGCAGCCUUGGAGCCAACUCUUCGCCAAGGCUGCUUCUACCUCCUUGUCUUUGUACCCAUCACAUGUGCACUACUGCAGCUCCUCAGCUGGUCACAGUUCAGCUUGCACGGGAAGCGCCUGCAGAUGGUGAAGGCUCAGCGCCAAAGCCUAACGCAAGGCCGAGCACCAGAGGUCAAAAUGAUCUAGGGGUGCCUGAGCCCCAGGGUGCUGCAGGAUUGCAGGCUGAGAAACCCUGAUGUUUACAGUUCUACUGUGAAAUGCUGUAAUGCCAAUGUUUACUCAUUCCAGGAGGUGGUUGCUGGGGAAGGCAGAGAAGUUCAUCAUGUGAGAGGUCUGAGAUAGAUCACUUGGCCACAGGAGCAAGAACAUUUCAUCCUAGCCUGUGCCAGGGAGCAGAGGGCUGCUCGUCCAAGCAGGGAGAUGCUGGAGACACUUGAAUCUCCAGAACAGUCCUCUCCCCUUGUCGUGGCCCUGAGGAACCACAGCCUCUCUGCCUGAGCAGGAGGGGAUCAUGCAGGUAGUCCUUCCCUGCUAGAGCCCUGCAGCUUUAGGGGAGUGGGCUGGCAGGCUUCUGAGGGACCAAGUGACAAAGGGGGUGAUUGCAGGAGCAGGGAUGGGCAUCAUGCCUUUCCCAGUAGCUGGCACAACCCCUCCAAGCUACAGUGCUGUGGUUCUUGGACCAAAUCCAGUCUUAGGCAUUUCUUGUUCCCAGGGCAGUAUCCUGCACAGCCAGGGUGUGAUGGCAGUGCUUGUUUCAUGCUGAGGCUCUCCUCCAUGGCCUUGCAGAAGUAGCUUGUUGCUGGGCUGGAAAAGAUACUGGGCUUGAACUGGGCUCAGAGCCUGAAGCUGGAACAUCUCAUCUGGCAUUCCAUUGCCUGUGUUUAACCCUCCUCUCCCCUCCACAGCCUCUCACAGCCAGCACUGUCACACUGUUGUGCUGUGAGCCCCCUCCUAUGCUGGCUGGGGCUGUGGGGCCAAGGCCAGGGAACUAACCCCUACAGAACCCAGCUGCUGGAAGUGCCUCCCUGCCCAGGGCCAUGCCUCCUGCCCCAGUGAGGCAGCCUGGAGCCCUCCCUUCUUGCAGGGGGAGAGCACAGCCUGGAGGAGACAUCAGGUCUUGCUUUUGUGCCUUUGAUUCUUCUUUGGAGCCUGUCUGACAAUGCUGGGCAGUCACAGGGUUGACAUUUUACCUGGGUGGGGAGAGACAAGGUGCCUGAGCUCCUUUCUGCUUGAAAUGGUGUCUGAGAGUUUGAUCAUCUCAUGUGGUUGCUGAGCCACAGACUCAAGGAAGAGAUCAGGUGGUUUGUUCUCCCUGCUUCUAGCUGAAAGCAAAUGGGCAGUGGUCCCCAGAGGGAUCCCUGGGAUGAGGCAGCAUCUCCUCCAUCCUUCCAGUGUGUUUAAGGGCAGAUGUGCCAAAGCAGAGCUCUGCCCUGUGGGAGGAGGGGUGUGCAGGCAGUGCUUGGUGGUUGCUGGGUGUUUAGGGAUGUGCUGGUCGUUUUUCAGUGCCAGGUGCUGUCUGGGCCCACAGACCUGCCCUCUUGCCUCAGGACAUGGCUGCCUUUUGUCUUGGACCAAGACAUUCCUGCUGCAAGGCUUGUGUAGCUCUUGAUGAUUCAAUCAUGAGUUAUUUGUGUGACUUCUAACAAAGUUUAAGAAUGAUUCUUCAUUUCAUAAAUUAAAGAUGAUCUUUUCUGUACUGUUCAGUGAUUCUUCUAGCAGGUAGAUGUAACCUGGCUGGUUCUCAUGGUGCUGGAGGGGCACAGCUGUGGUUGUGUGGGAGAAAAGGGGACACUCCCCUCCAGCAGAAGCUGUGUGUUGGGGCUGGCUCCCGUUCCUGCAGAGGACAGAGAGGCUUGGCAGGCCGGUGUAUCACCUGCCUUUUGGAGGGAGGCCAGUUGCUUACCCCUUCUCUCUGGAGGCCCCCAGUCUGGUGGGAUUGGGCUGUCCUGUAUCUUCACCAGGUGCUGGGAAUAGUCCUUGGGAAGUGGCUGGGCUGGCACCUGCUCUUCACAAUGAUGGUGGCACUGUUCCCAUCCUCCUCCCUCAGCAGGGCUGCCCUUGCUGCCUGCACCAGGCCUCACAGCUUCUCUGUGCCUCAGCUGCCCUUGACCUGUCUGCACUGAGAAACAUAAUAUAUGAUAGUUGUUGAGAAGAGCAGCUUUGGACACCAGCAGGGCAUCCUAUAGCUGCAGCCCAGACUCCCCUUCUGCAGCAAAAAAGCUCUAUCAAGAAUCCUGGACUGGAGCUAGCAUCUCCUUGCAGAAAUUGGCCAGCAGCAAUUCUGUGCAGGCAUGAGAAGAGUGUAGGUAACCUUAAAAAUGCAAAGGUGGGAAGAUGAAGCCAGGAGGCUUGAGGGUUGUAUAUGAAUUACUUUAUUUAAGUAACGCUGGGUACCACCAGGCAACAUGGUUUGGACAGUGUGCAAGGGAACAGGCAGGCAGGUCAAAUGAGCACUAGAUUGGAAAUGGGACCUUUCUGUUGAGUUACUGUGGGUUACAAAAUGGAGCACUACUGCCUCUGCCAGGAUGCAGAGGGGUUUGGAGGGAAGAGGUCCCAGGCACUGCCUGGGGCAUGUUUGCUUCUUCCCCUCCACAUGCUGCAGCAAACCAGCAAGGAUGCAACCUUGCAUCCAGCAAGAAGGCUGAGUGUUGACAGCUCUUUUCUACCUGACCGAUUCUUACUUAAGUCUGCUCUGAUGGGGGUAGGUGAACAAAGAGCCUGGCCUUAGCUGGGAAGAGCAGCACACCUGCCUAGAACCUAGGUCUAGAACCUCUCAGCUCCGUGGCCAGUCCUGCCAAGUGUGGCUCCUGCAGGGGCAGCACACUGCACUCUGCUGCUUGCAUCCAUCUUGGCUGGGGACACACACCACCUUUUGCCAGGUCUCUGCAGCUGACUGGCAGGAGGGCUACUGCAGCCCUCAAGCUCUCACCUCAUCUCUGCGCCUGAGUAACCCCAAGGCGCUGUGUGGCACUGAAGAGAAAGGAGGGGAACAGAGAGGAUGGGCCACCAAGCAGGACCAGUUCCACUGCUACUGCCACGUACUGCAGAAAAUCCACAGUGAAAAAAAAAAGCACCAAAUAAUGCACAAGAAAAACCUAGAGGGGGAACACCAAGGCACACCAAGGCACCCCAAGGCAAGCAGGUGGCAGUGCUGCCCAUGGCUGUCAACGCAGCAGAAGCAAAGCAGCCUGCAGGCAAGCAGAAAGUCAUCUGCAGAGCAGCAGAGCACAGAAAUCACUGCAGUGCCCUGCUAACAAACCUGCUCACACCAAGGUCCAGGUACAUUUUAUUGUCCUCUCACAUAGUGUAUUCAUAGAGAACAACGAGACUCCCUCUAGAGCAGUCACUGGUGGUGUUGCAAGGCCAGCUAUUGCGCUAAGCGUGUGUGCUGUAAACAGUAUCAACAAUGGGCAGCCGGGUAACUGGUGUUCAAAGAAGACCCAAAGCAAAAAUUCCCAGGUGCUGUGGUCAGUAUUUGAGAUAUCCUCAGACAUUUCAAUGAGUAAAACAAUUCUUACAUUACAAUGCACCUUUCCCGUUACUAUGUUGUCCCAGAAUGAAUAAAGUACACAGGAGUUAUGCCUGGCUGACAAUACAUGCUCCCUUUGCCCUGACAUGGCAGGAAGGAGGGAAACAGCCUUGGCUCUUAGAGAGAAAGAACACGAGAACUCAGCACUGUAAAUCUCAGCAGGUUGAGGGGGGAACACGCAAGUGCCUUCACCCCAUUGUGGGCCUUUUGCUUCCAGAGGAGAAAAGGUAUUAAAACAAGGUACGAGAGAAUAACCGUCUAGUACAAUGAUAGCUGAAUAAUUUGCUUUGUUCUACUCCAUGCAAUACAAACUAAGACCUAUCACCAACUUCUCCAGCUGCGGUGCAGACCCACACAUCUGGCUAAGUUACACAUGCAUACACGCACUCGCUCACCAAAAAAAGUGGGGGCAAACGGACUUAGCUGUUGAGAAUGUGUUUUCUCUUAAAAAAAUAUAUUAAAAACAACUUCAAAAACCUACUGAUGGUGAAGACACUGCUGAAGAAGAAAGCAAUGGGGCCUCAGCUAUGUUUCCAGACAAUCCAGGCAUCACCUGCAUGAGCAGCCUGCAGUGGUUGGCUCCCUUCUUGCCUGCCAGGCAGUUUUUUUAAGCUGUUCCCUUUGUUUUUGCUUGCUUGUUUGUAUUACAGUGACAAAUGUGAUUGAGAUACAGAAAUUAAAUUAAGGGACUGAAAUGAAAAAGGAAUGGGCCAUUCUGGAGAAAUUCAGACUGGUAUUUUCUCCUUUCCAUUAAAAAAACAAAAA